CCGAAAAGUGAAAGCAACCUGGGGCCCAUCAGCAGGGGAACACUAUUUAAUCUCUUGGUAAUUUUAAUUAGCAAGCCUCAGAUUCCAAAAUCUUGUCCUGUGCUUGAUAUCCAGCUGGUGGCUGAUUCACCUUUAGUUGAAAUGUCUUUUGAUGCUGAGUUACAGAAACUUAUCCUGCAAUAUACAGAUACAGCUACAGCACUUUUAUAUGAGAUACUUCUUUUCUUUCAGCAGAUACAACUUGAACUUCAUNUACAAAGUUGUCCUCCCAUAAUUACUUUUGUGGCCAGUAUUGUGAAACAAGUGGUGAAGGGGCUUUCAGCUUCGUUUCAGCGGCUUAGUCCCUGCCAAGCAGUUCUGCUGUACCAGCAGUUUUACAUCCUCAAGAGCUGCCUGCAGUACAGCAGGACUCUAGCUGAGUAUAUCAGGAAUGACUACACUGAAGAAUUCAGGUACUUUAUUCACAUGCCAGCCUUGGAAAAAAGGCUACCAUGGUGCUACCCUAUUACCCAGCCUACCACUCAACUUUUUCAUGAAGUUCUGAAAUUGGUUGAACAGAAACAAUGUGUAAAAUGUUAGUAAGAAUAUAAAAUGUUAAUUAGGAAUCAACUUAAUAUUUAUAAGAACAAUUUUUAAAAAAUUUAUUUAAUAUAUGACUAUCCCUGAGUCCUAUAAACACAGAUUU